AUGGCGGAGGUGGUGGAGAGCUGUAGACAUAUGGUGGUGGUGGAGAGUUGUAUACGACCUUUGGAGAAGGAGAGUAGUAUGGUGGAGGUGGUGGGGAACUGUAGACGUAUGGCGGUGGUGGAGGUGUGUAUUCGACCUUUGGGGAAGGAGAGUAGUAUGGUGGAGGUGGUGGGGAGCUGUAGACGUAUGGCGGUGGUGGAGACUUGUAGUUUAUCUUUGGGGAAGGAGAGUAGUAUGGUGGAGGUGGUGGGGAACUGUAGAUAUAUGGUUUUGGAUGUGGUGUAUAUUUAG